ACACCAGCAGAUGACAACAACAAAACAGACAGAGCUGCUGAGAGGGUGUUAGCGCUACUAGCUACACCAAAUACACAACUGGGGGUUUUGUCCGUGCGUUACACCAUCUCGGUUGGAGUUUGCCUAACAAGAUAUUUAUUUUUAACCACAAUGGUUUGUCUGUAUAGCUAGUCAUGGUUGUCACUUAUUCUGUUGUAGUUUAGCCCAAACUUACGUCAGCUAACGGGCUUGCUUGCUAAGCUAGCUCUAUGUAUGCCAAGCUAAACCAGGUUAGCUAGCUAGCUUGGUUGCUAGCUUCUUAGCUAGCCAGCUCGCAUAGACGAGGUGGAGACCAAGAACGGGGAGAUGCGAGCAAAGUGAGGUAAGACCAACCCAGUAAUUUGUGUUAUUGAUACGUCGUGUAUUGUCAAACUUGUAUCAACGUGUGUCUUGACGAAUAGCGGUGGUUAUCGUAUCGUAGACAAGCCUGUUACAUUUGUCAUCGACGUUAGUAUUAGCGAUCCAGCGCUAGCCUGACAGCUGUAUUAGCUAACAGCCAGUUAGCGCAGUCAGCGGGUUAUUAUAGUGAGCUUGGCAGCAGCUGCUGCUGGUGGCCCCUUCUUUGGCUCUGUAACCAUGACAAACUGGAGGCCUCGAGGUUUUUUAUUAACGGUGAAAUGUCUGUGUUCUCAUUUCAAAUAUAAAUAGCUGGUCCCUGACCCUGAAUUGAAAGAGGCCCGUGGACAAGCUGAUAGUAAUAAAGACAAUUAGCUAAUGAUCGCUAACACAAGUUUGUCUGUGAUAGCCAUGAAGCUGGUCAGGUUUCAAUGGUUACGCUAACAGUUCAAAGUAAUUAUUGAAAUAUAUUUAAUGUGGUAUCUCAUCAGCACAACCUCCUGGUUCUUCAUCUCAACAUCACUAACUCUUUAUAACAUAAUAGGGAUUAGUAGGGAAAAGUUUGACUCCAUCUGACAUCAGACUCAUAACAGGUGACAUUCAGCCGACAAACAAAGACGUGAUGACUCAACUGAUAUGGCAUUUAUGUGUGCUACAAGAUAUUAGUCAUGUUUAAAUGUUUGUAACAAAAUACUUAAAGAAUUUAACUAUUAAAAUAUCCGAACACAUGAUUAGGCUACAUACAUUUGUGAGGGAUCACAAGUUAACAUUGUGACUUACCAUGAACAUUGUGAUCACCUGGGCAAUCUUUUGCAAUCCUUUUCUAACCUCUUAUCCUUAAUUCACUUCUACAUUUUUAGUUUUUGUUGGCAUGGUCAAUACAGUUAAUUAUAAUACUUUGUGUAUUAUUAUUAUUAAAAGUAAUUGUGUACUGGAAUGUGUUAUUGAAUGGUGUUACUGAUAUUUUGUUUGCAUUACCAACAAACAAGAGGGGAGCGAAAUACUGGCGACAUCUUUCAAUAUAAUACACUCUAGUACAUCACAAACACCCACCACAAGUUGAACAACUAAUUUAAGAAAUAAUGAUCAUGUAAACAAAAAUUGAAUAUGUAGAAGUUUCGUAAAAGUGGAAAUUAUGGUAGAGUUGUUGCACUUGGUUGCAUCAGAUUGCCUGGGUGUUUAUAAUAUUAUGGGUGAUUGGUGUAUUUAUCAAAUUUCCUCAUGGUAAUGUGGUUUGAUUUAAAGAAGAACUUCCUCCUUCGGUUUAACUUAUUUGAAGAUACAGGGGAAAUCUUAAUUAAAUGUAAAAUAAAUUUAUCGGAUGUCUCAUGUACAUGUUUGUUUGUUUGUUUGUUUGUUUUUCCAGGGUGGCCUUGAAUGACUAAAUGAGCAAGAUAGGCAAGAGCGAAGAACUCUGGGAUAUUCAACAUGAAGUUGUAUGUGUUCCAGGUCAACAAUGGCUGCACAUUGACAUUUGAGACAGAUCUUGCUGUCCAAACGUAAGAUACAUUACCAAUGUUAUUCAGAAAUAGUGGUCAGUAUUGGUUGUUGUAUCCUUAUGAAUUUUUCUUUUGUCUCAGUGUGCUAGAGCUCAAACAUGCCAUCCAAGCCAAAUACAAGAUUGCAAUUCAACAUCAAGUCCUUGUUGUUAAUGGAGGGGAAUGUAUGGCUGCAGAGAGACGCGUCUGCAGCUACAGUGCAGGCACUGUGAGUUAAUUAAAUGUAUUAGUGUGCUUUUAAUUUCCCUUGGAGGUAUAGAGUCAACCUAUGCGAUAAUUGGAUUUCUGAUGUUGUACUGUUUGAUUUCCAGUGUUUCAAUUUUUCUUUUCCCAUACAUCAUUGUUUGUCUCUAGGAAACCAACCCCAUAUUUCUGUUCAACAAAGAGAUGAUCUUGUGUGACCGGGAUCCAACGAUCCCCAAAACCACCUUUUCAAUAGAGAGUGAGAUUCAGGUGAAGGUCGAGGAGUCUCUACUGAUGCCAGCCGUCUUUCACACUGUUGCCUCGCGAACACAACUUGCUCGGGUAGUUACCUCUUUUUCUGUCCCUGUAUAAUUAAUUUUUAGAAGUUUGGGACCUCAGUUGUGAUACAGUUUUUGUGUUACACUGAACUGUCUACCUACUAAUCACUACACCAUUGUAUGCUUACCUUUUCAGGAAAUGUCUGAAGUUGCCAAUAAACUUAGUUCUUUCUGUGAACGCUUGGUUCAUGAUGAACACCUUCAGCAUCAAGGCUGGGCUGCUAUUAUGGCUAAUCUGGAAGACUGCACCCUGUCAUAUCAGAAGUUGCUGAGGAAAUUUGAAACUUCAUACACAAAUUAUCAAAAUGAUUUGGAGGAAAUAAAGAUAAAGCUAACAAAGUAAGUGAAAGCACAAAACAUUAUUUUUCACUCUCAUUAGCAUAUUAAAUAGUUUUGAAUUUAAAGCACUGUAUAUGUAACAUCUGUAACAUUAAGAGAUUAUUUGAAAGUGUUCAAUUUAUCAUGGCUCAGUGAAAAUAAAUGCAUGUACAAUUAAAACUAGAGAUUUAUUCUGCUGAAAGGAAAUAACUUGAGGUCUUGAUAAACAUUUUGGUAUGAUUGCAGGUUAGGGACAGCAGUUUCUGUCAUGGCAAGGAUACCUCUACUGGAGUGCUUGACAAGACACAGCUACAGAGAGAGCAUGGAAAAGUCGAGCUCAACUCCAGGAAAAGACUCGGAUGAGACAGAAGAAGAGAAAUCCACUGACUCUGUGCUCUGCACAGGCGGCGCACAGAGGUCCUCCAAGUUAUCAGCUUCCCUCUCUGCUUCUGGGACACCUACAUGUGAGCAAACUGGAGACCAGGAAACAAACCAGAUGACAUACAGCGGUGGUCUGAGAGCUGCGCUUUUAGAAGAUGACACUCCAGAGUUUGCCAACCCGUCCUCUUUCAAUGUCACGCUAUUAGACUGGAUCAAUGUUCAAGACAGACCUAAUGAUGUGGAGUCUGUUGUGAGGAAGUGCUUUGACUCCAUCAACAGGGUAAGUCAUAGAUGAAGGCACAUGACACGCUUGUUGCAAUAUCAUUGUACAGAGUGAGUUGUGGUGGAGAAGUUCACACGAGUCUGUUUCUUUCUUUCAGCUUGACCCUCGGAUCAUUCAGCCCUUCCUAGCAGAUUGUCGCGAUACAAUAUCAAAGCUGGAUAAUCAAAACAUGAAAGCCAUCAAGGGGCUUGAGGACAGGUUGUACGCUCUAGACCAAAUGAUUGCAAGCUGCAAGAAGCUGGUGAAUGAACAGAAAGAACUUGCUCAGGUAUGUUGGCAAGUAAACAAGGAUUAUGAAAUGAUCUUCUCAGUCGUCUGCGGUUUAAUGACUUUUGCAUAUAUGUUGUAAUCUGCAGGGAUUCGUGGCCAAUCAGAAGCGGGCUGAAAACCUGAAAGAUACAUCUGUUCUGCCUGACUUAUGUCUGAGUCACACAAACCAGCUGAUGAUCAUGCUGAAUAACCACAGGAAGCUGCUGGACAUCAAAAAGAAGUGCACCACUGCCAAACAAGAACUUGCAAACAACCUUCAAGUCCGACUCAAGUAAAUCCGAAAACCACUUUUUCUUAAAUAUUUACACCCUACUCUGCUUGUUUUGUCAAUCCCUACUUUUGUCUUCGAUGUGGUUUUCGAUUGAUCUUGUAAUUGUUCUGGUUUUUCAAAAUGCCAGCGUCAAGAAAAUCAUGUUUAAAACUUAUACUGCUAUUGAUUUUUCAUUAGAUGGUGCUGCUACGUGAUGCUCCAUGCAGACCAGGAUGGGGAGAAGCUUCAGGCUCUUCUUAGACUCCUGACAGAACUCAUAGAAAGAGUGAGGGUGGUGGAGGCCCUCAGUAACGUCCCCCAGAUGUAUUGCUUGGCAGUGGUGGAGGUCGUGAGGAGGAAAAUGUUCAUGCGACACUACAGAGAGGUCAGUGCUACAUAUCCGAAUUUGACAGGUUAAGACAAAGGCUGACACGUGAAAAAUGUAGAAAUAAAAACAAGAUUUUAAGGCGAUUGUGUGCUGAGAAGGGGACAAGAUCCAAUCAGUGAAACCACACAGAAGUAGCCUGAUGUGCAAUUGUCCAUAUUGGUCUGGCAGUUUGUACACUCAGAUGUCCAAGGACUGCCCACUCUCCUGUACACACUUACAAUCAGAUGGAUUAACAGACCACCUGCUUCUCAUAUAUAGCUGAUAAAAUAUUUAUCCACUGACUCUUAAAUGUACUUCUUAUGUAUUUUAUGCAUUGCAGUGAAAAGUACAUGAAAGUAUAGAUGCAGUGUCUAAAUCAAUUCAGAAAUGGAGUAUGAAGUAUCUAAUUUUUCAUUACAUUAUGAUCCUGUACUGACAUGAAAAGAGGGUGAAACUAAAGGAUUGAAGAGGUGGUGAGGAUACAAAUGUCUUUGAACCUUGAUCUGUGUUAACUUCAUUUUCUCCUUUUUCUUUUUUCUUCUUCACUGAGACCUCUAAAGUAAACAGUAUUUCAGUGAUAGUCUACAGAAGUGUACAGGAACUUCAAACAGAGCAUUAUAUCACAUCAUAACUCUACUCCGUGAUCUCUCUCCCCCUCCUGCUCCACAGACAAGUGCAGGAAGCUAUCCUCCUCUUUUCGCCAAGAAUCUCUAAUGCAACUCUUUUAAAUUUUGAUUAAAAAAAAACAAUUUGAAGACAGUUUGUCUGCAUACCAACCAAAAAGAUGAAAUCUAAUCAAAACUGGUCACUUUAGACAGAAAGAGAAUGUAAAGUGUGACCACUCGUGCUUAAAACUGUGCACUUGUGAUCCACGAGCACAAGCGGCACGAUACUAUGAAAUAUAAACAACCCCAUUGAGCAGGUUCUGCUGUUGAAUAAGCUUUAGGCUGAAACUUACUCUGCACUGUGAUUCUUUUUCCUGAGGGUGUUUGCCUAUACAUUAAGCUGCAGCUGGUCAUGACUGCUGACAUUCUUGUUUUUACUGCUGUGUCUGAAUGCACACGUCAGGCUGAGAUGUGAAAAAACUGGUUUGCUCACAUAUGACUUUCUCUCAAUGCAGUUAAUCCUUUUUGCUUAUUUUUUUUACUGUACCUUUGGCGGGGUCUGAUCUCUCUAUUGGGUUUUAUGAAUGUUAUGAAAUUCAUAAAAUGGUUAAGAUAUGAUUAGUGUAUACUUUUUUGAUGUUAAAACUAGAGUCUCCAAAUUUGGACACUACACCAACAUGAUCAAUUGACUUUCUUAUUUCUCUUUUCAGUGGGCUUAUGCACUUGUUAAGGAUGGGAAACUACUGUACGAGGCAGAGAAGUUCAAAAGGGAGUCCUUUGGAAAACUCUUUCGUAAGUUUCUCUUAAAUGCUCAUCCCUGACAGUAAAGGAGUUAUUAUUGGGCACAGUGUUCCUUUGAAAUAACACACAAACACCACUCAAGAUCACCGUUUUCAUCUGUCUCCCUGUUUUUCCUUUUAGGGAAGUCUUUCCUUAGAAAUCGGUUGUUUCGAGGACUUGAUUCAUGGCCUCCAACAUCAUUUUGUGUGAGUUAAAAUUUUACACAGUUUGACCAAGAUGGUUUUAUUAUGACUAUUGCUCUGUUUGUUUAUUUAACUGUCUAUUCCUCUGGUCUCUUUAUUUUUACUAAUAGACACGAAAGCCCCGGAGAUUUGAUGAUGAACUUCCAGACAUCUCAGUUGAGGACCUGCAGUACUUGAAAUCAUGUUGUCCUGUGGAAGUGCAGCCUUUCCUUAUGUAAGUCAUCAUCCUUAGAUAUUUACAUGAUUUUAAUCUUUUAAAUUAGUAUGAAAUGUAACUAUAUCCUGUAAAAGAGAGUAAUCCUAAGUGAUGGUCAGACAGUAUGAGAUUGAACGCAAAAAUGAGAUCUCUGUAUAUCGCCUUUCCUCUCUUAAAGACUUAAAAGAGGGGGUAUUAUAAUUUUUUUAGACUCUACACCUCCUCUUUGACACCUCUUUAUAGCUUUACAUGAUUUUCAGUGAAAAUCAGAAAAUCAUGUAACUAAAGACUGGUCACGUUUUGCUUUCAAACACCCUGUUUGUAAUGCCGAUACUUACAUUUUCUGCAGGUUACCCACAAUGUGUGACUUUGAGCCCUUAAAUCGCCACGUAGAGACACUUCAGCAGCUGGUCCAGGCUGCACAGAGUGUGGAUGAGAUGUCUCAAACUAUAACUGACCUGCUGAGUGAACAAAGGGUAAUUAUAACUUCAUGAAUACUUUUAUUUUGAUCAUUUAUUGAGGUUGGCUGUGUUUUAUAAACAUUAAAAAUGUAUUUUUUUCUUAAUGGUUCAUAAAUGCAGAAUGAAAUCUGAAACGAUUGCCUCCUCGAGGAAGUAUUCCCAUCUGACCUGAGGACAAUAAAGAAUGUGUAUCUAUUCAGUUUUCUUCCUCUGUCCUGGUUUGCAGGCAUCCUACAGUCAGAGUGCUCAGAGAUCAACCGUGUUGACCCCUCAGUCUGAAAGCAUACCUGGGACCUCGACACAGAUGUCCUCCAAGACCCCUUCGUCCCUCAGCCUUCAAGGACCCAGUUGCCAGCCUCUACAUGUUCCUGUCCCGGCUCCUCUGGAGGACUUAUCCCCAGACAGCAUAGAUGCACAAACAUUUGACUUUGAAACCAUUGGCCAUCCGAACAUGGACCCGGUCCUUCAGCAGGGCUCCCUGGACUUGGAUUCUCUAGCAGAGAGCCCUGAAUCCGACUUCAUGUCUGCCGUUAAUGAGUUUGUGAUUGAAGAGAACCUGACCUCUCCGAACCCCAUAAGUGACCCCACCAGUCCUGAGAUGAUGGUGGAGUCACUGUACUCUUCAGUCAUCAACGCUAUUGACAACAAGCGAAUGCAGGACACUACAAUACUGGAGAGGGAGAACUCACGGAUCGCAGUCCUCAAACAAGUGAUUGACAAGUACCGGUCAGCUGCAGAGGAAUCUCAAACAAAUCUACGAAGUGUUAAGGAAGACCUCGGUCACUUUAGAGGCCUGGUAUUAAAAGAUCAUCAUGACUUUGGCUUUGCUUUGAGGAGUAUGACCACAGAAGUGCAAAACAUCGUGGACAACAUCGCUCAGACUCAUGAACUGGCGUUAAAAGAACAGCAUCAAAGUGAGCUCCUUGCUGUUCGACAAGAGCAGGAGAAGCAAGUUCAGACACUAAAGGAGGAAAACCAAGUAAACCAGAAUAUUGUUCGAGACGUCCAGCGCGCUAUGCUCGAGUUAGAGGGGCGAAUGGAGCGCAAAGAGAAAGAACUCACUCAGCUGGAGAACGAGAAAGAGCGAUGGGCUGAGACAGAGGGCCAUCAGAGAGACAGGAUCGAACACCUGGACCAGGUGAUCAGCGAUCAAGCCGAAGAGAUCAAGACGCUCGCGGCUUCAAAAGACUCUCUCACCGGUCAGCUCGAGAAUCUGCACUUUGAGAUCGAACGCAGUCAGCAGAAGAUCCGACAGGAGUUGGAGGCUGUUGAGCAGUUGCACUUGAAGGAGCUGGAGGACAGAAUGAAGCAGGAACACCAGGCAGAACUGGAGACAUCUACCAAGAACAACCAGGAAGCUCUGGAGCAUCUGGCUGCUGAAAACAGUGCGAAGCUAAGCGAAGCAGCUGAUCAACAUGCACUUACACUCGGAGAGAAGGACAGUCAAGUCAAAGACCUGGAGGCCCGUGUUACUGAGCUGGCAGAACUCCGCUGCAAGCUCGAGGUGGAGCUAGCCCUCAAAGAGUCGGAGACAGAGGAGGUGAAGCGCUUACUGGAGGAGGCCAAGACACAGCAGGCUGAAGCGCUGAAGACCCAGGUCGAGGCAGAGACCAAAGUUCUCAGAGAGGAGCUGGUGGAUCUUCAAAAGCAGCUUCAGGUAAAGAACGAGGAGUAUGAAGUGGACCUUGCAGAGCUGAGGACUCUCAUGAGGAUCGAGAAGGACCACUGCAUCUCUGAGUUAGUGGAGAGACACGAGGAGGAGACUAUCCUGUUGCGCACCGAGCUUUCCUCCCUGCAGCAGCAAUCCCAGGACGCUCUGAGGAACCACACCGAGCAGCAACAGAGUCUUAAGCAGGAAUUAGACCAGCGCUUGGUCGCUCUGAGUGAGGAAAAAGAGAAGCAGCAGACAAGUUUCCAAGAACUGGAAGAAGAGUUGAGGACUGUUAUCAGCAAUUUGCAGGCCGAGAAUGACCUGCUGUCCAACAAACUAGAGCAAGACAGGGGCAGACAAGCAGCAGAGAAAGAUUGUGAGAAAGAGGAGGCCUCAAAGGUUACACCACCAGAUGCCUUUAAAGAGUCAGAGCAGCAGAAACAGGAGAUAAAGAGACUGUUAGACAAAAUUAAACAACUUGAGAACGAGCUUCAUGAAAGACAAUCCUCUAUAAGGUAAAUAUUUGACUAUGGUGACAGUUGAUGUAUUUUUUCUGCUUACAUUCACAGUGAAAGAAAAUCUCAGAUAAGUAAAUGAUCUGAAAUAAUCAUAAAGAAUAAAUCGAUAACCGUUCUUUGUCUUCGUGUGCUUGUUCGCACAGACGACACAGCGCUUUUUGCCAGAAUUAAUGUCAGUGUUUGCUUUUCAGCGAUAAAGGCUUGCCGCUGCAUGCUGAGGGCCAUGCAGAUGCUGGAGCACCUCUGUCUCUGGACUCAGCACUACAAGAGCGGCUGCAGUCCCAGAUGGAGCUCAUGGAGAAGAAAAAGAACGAGGAGAUACAGAACCUCAAGACGUCGCUGAUCGCAGAGCAGCAGGUUUGUGUGUGUUCGGCAUGUCAAUUUGUGGUAUGUGCACUGUAUCCUGCAUGACUUAAAUGUCUAGUUUUAUUGUAAGACAUAUAACCACAAAGAAGCAAUUUGAGAUACUAGGUUUUGGGGAUGAGCAAUAAAUUAUCAUUCAUGAUAUAUCGGCAGAAAAAUCCUCCUUGAUAAAUAUUUGCCAUCUCAUGAUAAAUACGAUAAAUGCAAGUUGAUGACGUAAGCGCGAGCGACAGACUCGCAGCCAUGGCCCACACAGAGCAGAAUAACAAACAAACAUGGCUGAAGGUAAUGAAGAAGACGUUUCUGAGCAGCUUGCGACUGAACGAGGCUCCACAUGAGGGAUUUCCUUUAAGACUGGGGCUCAGAUGAGCACAGUCAGUUAUGCCUGACAUCGGACAGUGGAUCUGCUGCUGCUGUUCACUCUGGGCAGUAAGAGUCUUCAACACAUGUUGUAAAUGUUUUCACAUUUGAGACUUGUGUGGUGUCAUUAGUUUUCUCCAUAACCUUCCACUCAAACUUGUGGUUGAGUAUCUUAUUUGACUAUUCCAGCUGGUGUUCUCAAGACAAAAUCAGUCAAAAAUAUAGAUUGGAAUUAUAUUUUUAUAAACUUUAAUCGCGACUUGAAAAGCGACUUUAAUCGCUAUCACCAGAAUGGCAAAUCUUGUUGUGAUAAAUUUUUUUGCCCAUAUCACCCAUUCCCACUAGAUUUGAUCAUAACUUUUGGUUUAUCAGUGUCCUAAAGUAAAUCAAUAUUCACUUCACCUUCAAGAGUUUGAAGGUAGGAAUACUAAUAUUGUACAGUAUACUCCUCAUGUGUUAUAUUAUAGGAGAUAAACCAUAGACUGUGGAAAACAUGGACAAAGUAUUCAUCAUGUCACUUCACUAAUCCUGGAGAGAUGUUUCAAACCCUGACGAUGGCAGGUGUAAUCUUGGAAAAGUCUGACUCAACUUGACUUUUAACCGACUUUGAAAUAAAGCCAGCGUCAUGACAGGCCUUUAACCUCUUGGCUAACAGCAAUAAAGCACCACUGUGUUGGUCAACUUAGCUGUGGCCCUAAUUAAAGCAACCUAUGAUGGAUCUAACCCUUUAAUACAAUCUCCACAAAUGGGCUUUAAAAAUAAAAACACCCAAUCAUGGUGUGUUUGAAUAAAAAAUUAUUUCCAUACCCCAAAUUCUUAAUUGAGCCAAGCAAAAGACAUUUUAAUUGUGCUGGGCUUUUUAAUGUGAGACCUAAGGGGAAAUCCUCGGCUUCUAUAGCAGCCAGUGCGCCCGAGGAACUCUAUUUUUUUGCACUUAGCAAAUUCUGGUUAAUAGAAAAAAAAAACCCAAGGAAAAGCAAACAUUGAAUAAACCGUUGACAGCUAUAACUCACAUGGCAGCCGGCUUAUCUUAAUUUAAAGAAUCUCCUUAUGAAUCAUUUGUGCUUUGGCAUGAAUGCUAUGAAGGAAUCAUGUUGGCAGGUAAAUCUCUAAACUGUAAUCUGUCACUUUUCCAGACAAAUUUCAACACUGUUCUAACUCGGGAGAAGAUGAAGAAGGAGCAGAUCGUCAAUGAGCUCACGGAGAAGUUACAGAAAGUGACCCAACAGCAGGAGAAAGACAAAGGUGAGGGCUGGACACACUCGAAACAUUUCACAGGAGAGUCACGUUUUUCACGACUUAGGAAAGAAACUGUUGGUGCAAAUCCUGACUCAGAACUGCUGCUGACAUUUCUGCUGACAAUUUCAAAUGUUAUAAUAUCUAAUAUUAAACGGUUAACUUCUCCUUAACUGUAUCUUCUGAAAAAGAGCCAUUCUGGUCAGUGCCCUUCACUUUGCCCUAUUUAACUGUUUACAGCUCUGAUAGAGACGCUCUCUGAGGACAGAGCCAGUGUCAUGCAGGAGAAGAAACACUUGGAAGAGGAGCUGAACCGCCUGCGCAGCACCGCUCUGAUCUCCUCCACAGUCUUCUCAUCUAACCCCGCGGCUCAGGAGGUCCCCGAGGCUGGAGCUGCAGCAGCAACAGCUCGAGCUCUGCCUGUCGCCGGGGCUUGUUCCUCCGAGCCCACGUCUGAAACUGAAAGACUGGCUUCUGUGGCAGCCAUUCGAGAAGACGAACAUGUUGAUUCAGCGGUGGAGGCCAGCAUGGUGACAGUCCAGUAAGCAGCUUCUCUCUAAUAAACAGGCUUUUGUAGACAGUGUGGGUAAAGUUGUACUUCUGUGGGUCUCUCCUUUCAUACUUUUUAUAUAGACAAAAAAUAUAACAGGUUAUGGGAAUGAGUUAGGUUUUGACAAGACAUUGAUAUUUCUUGUCUUUGCUGACAUGAAUCUGUUCUACUCUGCAACUUAGUUUUUGGCCAAGAAUCGUGCAUUUCAAGUGUGAAACAAUGAGACAUACAAAAUCGAUAUGAGCUCACAGAUCACUUUGAGGACUGUUUAUGAAGAGGUGACGCACAAAGAUUCUCCAUCACACUGUGUUUUUAUAAAAUCAUGUUAAACUGUGAAGCUGGAGGCACAAAGAUUUAAGUUUGAGUUUAGGUUGAACUUAAGAUGCAAAGUCUUUGAUAUGUUUUAAUAUCUUUUUUGCUCUGGCUGCAGAAUUUUACUAUUUUCUUUUUUUUUUACUGAAGUACAUUUGCACUAGAACUUGUAAACAUCCCUGUUUUUGUAUCCUACUUUUCUAAUGUAGCACUUUAAGUUCAGAUACACAUAAAUCUAAAAGUAUUGAUAAUUCAAAUCCACAGUCCUCACUCAGACCAGGAAACAGAAGCACUUAUAGCUGGUUUGUGGUUUGUGGGUUUUCAGUGAAUCGACUCUCUCAACAAGCCAUCUUAAAUCACACUGAGUUUUAAUUCUAUUUUAUCUGUCUCUACCUUUUUACCUAUUGUGCUGUGAGCUUCAACAGUGGUUACCUCUUUUUAUCCGUGCGUGUGUCUGGCGAGUGUUCUCAUUAUCUGAGCGUAGAUCACAGCAUCUCUCAGGGAAAUAUGCAAAGCAGUCCCCUUGCAUGUCCUAAGAAAACAAAAGUAAAAAGAGCCUUGAGUAUUCGCUGCAUUUUAUUUUGAUGCUGCACUUGAGACAAUGUGUGAAAGUCUUUGAAGUUCCUUGAUAAAGAAAACAAUUUCCCUGUUAUAUAUGCACUCACUGCUCUGCUCUUGCUGCUUUGCCCAACAAGGAAAAAAGUGAUUCUACAAAGAUCAGGGUCUGGGUUCACCAGCGGGUUGGUCUUAUCCCGUACAUCAGAUUAGUUGACUUAAACUUACAGAGUGCUCCAAGUUAGAGUGAGAACAGUUGUAGCUGUGCCUGGUUUUAUCACACCAUCCAAGUGAAAAUUCCCAGAGUGGUAAGUGUUCUUAAAUUAACACACUUCUUUCCUCUGUCCCUUUCCACUAAAAUCUCUACUAAGUCUGGAUAAUACAAACCUAAAGACGUUAAAUACAGAUAUUUAAAUAUAAUAAAAUGUUCCCACUCGUAAACGUAACAUAAACAUCAAAAAAAGCUAUCCACAAGGAAAUUGGUAAUGUCCACAACUUCAACAGACAGAAAAAUUUAAAUAUUUGAAGAAGAGUUUUUAUUCUUUCACGGGACUGGACAGCUCAUAAAGCAGUCAAAACUGUCAGAGCUGUGUUACUGUCUGACACUCGCUGUGGACUAAAGUCAUAGUGAAGUCAUUAUAUUACACGAAUAAAGUAAUAAGGUUACGCACUGAUCAAGGUAUCCACCUUCACAACAGCAGUAACAUAACGGUAAUGACCUGAAAUACAACUAUCUCAUAAAAUAUCAUCAGAGGAUUGAUCUUUUUCCUCUCCACUGUCAGACUUUAAUCCUGAAAUACAGAAACCUUUACACCUUUUGACACAGUUUCAUAUCACUGUUAUCAAUCAUAUGUUAACAUAAUGGAAACAGACAGUAUAGUUCAGUUGUUGUGGACAUUUUUCAGUGGAUGAAAGGAAGGAAGGAAGGCUAGAAGUGGAGGGUGUACGUUUUUUUCUUUAUUUUUUUGUUUGAACUGAAAAUAUUGAUCAUGUUUUACUUUAAUCUGUUUUAGUUUGAAGUUUAGAUUGUGCAUUUUCCAGGUUAAUCUUGAAACAAAUGUUUUCUUUUGUUGCAGUGAUAACAUCCUGAUGUCAGAGGAGAAGCAGCGGAUACUCUUACUAGAGAGGGUAAAUAUUGUGUCUAUCUCUUCGAUUGUUCAUGAAAGCAUAAAGACGUGUGUUUUAGGAUGUCUCCAUGUGUUUAAUCAAUGUCAUGUUUGUUACAGACUUUACACAUGAAGGAAGAAGAAAACAAGCGCCUCAGUCAAAGACUGGUCAGUGACUUGUAUUUCUCCGGGCCAUUUAACAUCUGCUCCACAAGGUGGCAGUAGCAUCAAAGAGUAAAAUCCUGACCCAGGAGGCUAAAGAGCUCAGACAGGAAAAAUAUUUUUUUAAGGAAGAGAGUCAUCAGAAUAUUUAGAGGGGUGAAUUUAAGGGGAAUUGCAUGCUGGAAGAAAAACUUAUAUACUUAUCUCAUGAAAAUGUAUUUUUUUGUUUAAAAAAACUUUUAAACAGCCUAAAUUUUUUCAUGUCUUAGAACUAAAAUUAGACAAAGGUUUAUUAGUGAAAACAUGGGUGUAGGUGACAAUAUUGUUUUCUGAUUUAAACAGAAACCCAAGAGGAAAAAUUGUACAAUUUAUUCAUUAGCAUUGGAGCCAGUAUUGUGAACCCCUCUGUGUAACAUGUGUAACGUUGCCCUAAUCCUUUCCUUUGUAGAUGUCUCAAAGCAUGUCGUCUGUGUCUUCACGGCAUUCAGACAAAAUCGCCAUCAGAGAGUAAGUGAAAGACAAAAUAACACAUGGCCUUUAUAUGUGUGCUUGUUGAUGUGAUUUCUUUUUUUUUUUGCCUUUUUUUUUGCUUUUAGCUAAAACUCUGACCACAAUUUAAUGCAGUAUAAUUAUACACAUUAUUGUAUAAUUACCAUUAAUGUGUUGUCCUUUUUGUUAUUAGUUAGCAGUACUCUGUGUCAUCAUCCCUUUAUCUCUUUGUCCAUCUUUGUGUGCUGCAGUUUCCAGGUAGGCGAUUUGGUCCUAAUCAUCCUGGAUGAAAGGCAUGACAACUACGUGCUGUUCACAGUUGGUCCCACCCUCUACUUCCUCCACUCAGAGUCUCUCACUGCACUGGACCUCAAACCAGGUCAGCUCCUCACACACCUUUUUGUAAACCAUCAUCUGAGCGGCACCUCAUGUGUUUUUGGAAAUGUACUAAAGAAAUAGAUUUUGCCCCUUUAAUUGUUGUUUAAAUAUCAUAUUUUAGACAGGAAUGUAUUUAGAAUAAAGUUGCCCUAAACGCUAUGAGCUGUAUGUGUUUCUUAAGAGAGAGGGUGCUGUGUUUUUGCUCUAAAUUGCCUAUCAAAGUGUAUACAUUCAAUUGUAGAUGGUAUUAGUGGUGUAAUUAUUGGAUGAUAAUUUGUUAAACAAACUGAUUUUUGUUGCUCAGCAUCAGGGACCUCGAGACGGCCAUGGGUACUUGGGAAGGUGAUGGAGAAGGAAUAUUGCCAGGCAAAAAAGGUACUCCGGAUGUUUUCAAGUGUUAUUAAAGUUUUAGCAGAACUGACAACCCCAUAUAUUGACAUAUAGGAACUUAUACAUUUUUACUGACAAAUCCCCGGCUUGCAUUUAUUUUUGAACACAUGCACCAGUAUUUGGUUAAGCACAGCCUCCUCUCUGUCUUACAAAGCUCUCUUUUGUGUCUUUUUUGCAACUCCAGGCUCAGAACAGGUUCAAGGUUCCUUUGGGAACCAAGUUCUACAGAGUGAAAGCUGUUCCAUGGAACAGGAAAGUAUAAUAGCGAAGUAAUGAGCUAAAUGUAUAUUUAUAUUGCUUAAUUUUUGAACAGAAACUUCACAUCAUAAUUCAUAACUUGAAAACUGAAAGAUCUUCAAAUGGAAAGAAUUAUGAUCAUCAACAUGCUCUUUUUAGUUUCAAUUCAAAACCCCACCUGCUACCACAUCUUCUGUUUUCUUUGAAACCCAGAUUUGUUAUUGUGGACCAAAUGCUAUUAACUUUAUUAGGGCAUUGCCCUAUACACUGUGGCAUUAUGCCAUAUGACCUGUGUGUAAAAUUGAACAAAAAUUUGGAUGUUAAAUAUUAGUUUUCAUUAUCAGCAUUUGUCCUUUUGUGGAAAAUACUGUGUCAUUAUCAACAUAAUUAAAUGAAAAUAUACAUUUAUUAUAAAUGUUUAUGGAGGAAUGUUCAUGGCAUGCAUAUUGAUAUAUUUUCUUUGAUUUACUUAUCCAGAUAAAUGUUGUAGUUGGAAAUGUAGUUAAUGCUGUUUGUUACUCACAAAGCAGUGUGGCCCUCUGUCAAUACUGAAAUGUACAUUAUGGCUGACUGAUGAAAAAACAGUCAUCUUUGCAAUCCUUGAAAUGCACUUUCAAAAACAAUGCUUUUAUUGAUUUGAAAAGGGAAGUUAAUUGAGCUGUCAGAACUAAGUAAAUAUAUCAGCACAAACUUCUCACUAUCAUAGAAUAUUGAUAUGUAGAAAGGAAUAUUUGUGACUGUGUUUCAUUAUCAGAGGACAUUGUACAUUACCCAUCAAAUCACACAUGUAACAAUAAAUGACUGUAUUGUAAAAGAUAGAGUUUUGAAACAAUAAAGGAUUGAUCCCAAACAUACUUUUCUGGUUUGAUGACGGC